AGUGGCCAAUAACAAUCCGUUCUAAUCCGCUCAUCGCGAAGGAGAAAAUGGCUUCGCAGCUGGGUCUGCGGUUGCAAACGGGGUUGGUUCGUUUCAGGCCGACUGCCGUUUUGGUGCGUUACAGUGCAAGUGCAACACCUCCACCACAAACUAAGACAAAGUUUGGGCCGCUCAGUGAUGACGACCGCAUCUUUCAAAACCUAUAUGGUCGUCACGAUUGGAAGCUUAAAGGAGCGAUGAGUCGCGGUGACUGGUACAAAACGAAAGAGAUUGUGCUAAAGGGUGCCGACUGGAUUAUUGAUGAGAUUAAGAAGUCCGGCCUACGAGGUCGCGGAGGUGCUGGGUUCCCUUCCGGUCUUAAAUGGAGCUUCAUGAACAAGCCCUCGGAUGGUAGGCCCAAGUACCUUGUCGUGAACGCGGAUGAAGGCGAACCAGGGACUUGCAAAGACCGUGAAAUCAUGCGCCACGACCCCCAUACACUGGUCGAAGGCUGCCUUAUCGCCGGUCGUGCGAUGGGCGCCCGCGCCGCUUACAUCUACAUCAGGGGAGAGUUUUACAACGAAGCAUCCAACCUUCAGGUUGCCAUCAAAGAAGCUUACAAUGCUGGAUUGAUUGGCAAAAACGCCUGCGGGAGCGGCUAUGACUUCGAUGUGUUCGUACAUCGAGGCGCCGGUGCCUAUAUCUGCGGCGAGGAGACUGCACUCAUCGAGUCCAUCGAGGGUAAGCAAGGAAAGCCUAGAUUAAAGCCUCCCUUCCCAGCUGACGUUGGAGUCUUUGGCUGCCCUACAACUGUAACCAAUGUGGAAACCGUGGCCGUAUCACCUACCAUCUGCCGACGAGGUGGUGCUUGGUUCGCCUCCUUUGGACGCACACGUAACAGCGGCACAAAGCUGUUCAACAUCUCUGGCCACGUGAACAAUCCAUGUACGGUUGAGGAGGAGAUGUCGAUCCCUCUACGCGAGCUCAUUGAGCGGCAUUCUGGCGGAGUGGUUGGAGGAUGGGACAACCUCUUGGCUGUCAUCCCAGGAGGCUCAUCCACACCGGUCAUCCCAAAGGACGUGUGCGACAAAGUUCUCAUGGACUUUGACGCACUCGUGGAAGCACAGACAGGCUUAGGCACAGCUGCAAUCAUUGUGAUGAAUAAGCAAACAGACAUUGUGCGGGCCAUUGCCAGGCUUAUUGAAUUCUACAAGCACGAGAGCUGUGGCCAAUGCACACCCUGUCGGGAAGGGGUCACCUGGCUCAACAAGAUGAUGGCCCGAUUUGUGACAGGAGACGCUCGAGUAGACGAGAUUGACAUGAUCUACGAGCUGAGCAAGCAGAUUGAGGGCCAUACCAUCUGUGCUUUGGGUGACGGCGCUGCCUGGCCCGUCCAGGGGCUCGUACGACACUUCCGCCCUAUCAUGGAAGAGAGGAUUAACACCUUCCGACAAAAGGCGCAUCAGGCAGGAAAAUAGUUUCAAAUGUAGCGCAGUUUCUAGAUAAUAAAAUGUGUAGUUGUACAAAC